UCUGCUCUGAGCUAGUUAGCAAGAAGUAAUAUUAAGAAUGGAGGCCAUGGCCAAACUCGUUUCUGCAUUGGCAAUCUUGCUCAGUGUUUCUACAUACGUUCAUGGAUUCACUGCUUCUGGGUUCACUAGAGGUCACGCCACAUUCUAUGGAGGAAGUGAUGCCUCAGGAACUAUGGGUGGAGCUUGUGGAUAUGGGGAUCUAUAUUCGGCAGGGUAUGGGACUAGGACUGCGGCUUUGAGUACUGCUUUGUUCAACAAUGGAGCUUCAUGCGGGCAAUGCUAUAGGAUCAUCUGUGACUAUGCAUCAGAUUCCAAAUGGUGCAUUAAGGGAGCAUCCGUGACUAUUACGGCAACCAACUUUUGUCCUCCUAAUUAUGAUCUACCCAGCAACAACGGAGGCUGGUGCAACCCUCCCCUUCAGCAUUUCGACAUGGCUCAGCCUUCUUGGGAGAAGAUUGGAAUCUACAAGGGCGGCAUCGUUCCCGUCUUGUUCCAAAGGGUUCCAUGUAAGAAGCAUGGAGGAGUAAGGUUCGCCAUUAAUGGGAGGGACUACUUUGAGCUUGUUCUGAUUAGCAAUGUGGGAGGUGCAGGAUCUAUUAAAUCUGCCUACAUCAAAGGAUCGAAAACCAAUUGGAUGGCAAUGUCAAGAAAUUGGGGAGCUAAUUGGCAGUCCAAUGCCUACCUCAAUGGCCAGUCUCUGUCCUUCAAACUCACCUCCACCGAUGGAGUAACUAAAAUCUUUACUAACGUUGUGCCUUCAAGUUGGAAAUUUGGCCAAACCUUCUCCAGUUCAGUACAAUUUUCUUAAGCACUGAGCUUUGCUGGGUUUCGGAUUUGGUUGAUAUUUGGAAAGCAGCAGAGGCGUGCUUAAUAUAUUUUACUUGAGCAGCCCGCCAUAUUUAUUUGCGUCAGUUGUCAUAUGAUUUAUCAGGUGCAUUUCGAGCAAACCUCAUCAACUAUGGAUGUUGUUAUCUGUUAUACAACUAAAUAAGAAGCGCGGUAAAGAUGCAGCUCCAGCUUCAACGUGUAGAAAUAUUGUUUACUUUUUGCUACAAUUUAUAAUGUUACAUAUAAAGACAUGAAUCUCAAUUGUAAUAGUUACUGUGUUAGGAGAUCAUAUUACCAUAUGAAAUAUCAUUUUGCACAACGUCAUAUGUUAUUCUGACUAGAAUGCAUCCAGCCAGGUAAAACGCAUUUUUAGAAUGACAACACAUUUUGUAAAUGCAAAACAAAUUUCCAUUCGGAUUCAAUGACUUUAAUGUCUGAUAGAACGCA